GACACAAACACUGUCGAAUUCAUAAUUUAAAAAUGGCUGGUUUCUGGAACUUAAUUCUGAUCUUCAGUGCCAUCUAUCCAGUCCAACCUGGUAGACGCUGGGUUACUGCACAAUCCCUCAAAGAGUCAGGAGUUUAUCAGCCUGAUAAAGAGCUCAGUGUGGAUUUCGGAGACUCGGCGACUCUGCAGUGUUGUGUUUCUGAAAAGAAAUUUGGGAUGAUGGCCUGGUUUAAGCAGCCAACAAGAAAAAAACCUCAAUUUAUUGUCAAAUUCUUUAAAACUUCUGGAGAAACAUUUGGCAGUGGAUUCCAAAAGUCACGUUUCCAAAUAGAAAGAUCUUCAAACUGCUUCAAUUUGACCAUUUUAAACACCACUCAGUCUGAUGAAGCCAUGUACUACUGUGCACUGAUGACACCCAACCUUGUGUUUGCAGAUGGAACGUAUUUAAAAAUUAAAGGUGAACAUGUUACUAUUGAAUCAGAAACAUCUAAACCAGCUCUGGGUGAUAAUUCAGUGGGCUGUGAACCAACACUGCAUGGAAACAGCACUAACACGAACACACAAGAGAAAACAGCGCUUGGUCUGGGCACGGCUUUGGGUUUGUGUGCACUUCUGAUUUUCUGUCUCAUUUAUUUCAUACUGAGGAGAAGAAAAUGUGAUAAAAUGAACACUUCUCGAGAAGAUUCUUCAGGAAUGAGGCAGGAAUUUAAGACUGAAACGGUGAAUUACGCAGCUUUACAAUUUCCCCUGAGGAAAGCCAAAGCUGAAAAAAGGAAAAUUGUUUUAUCAGAGAAUUGUGUGUACUCUGAUGUGAAAUAAAAUUGUUCUUAUGUAACAUUAAUGAUUGGAGAUUUUACUUCUGUACACAUAUUAAUUUAUAUAUGU